CCCUCCAUGUGGGUCCAGCGGGAUAAGGGCAACUGGUCUCCUCCUGCUGCCGAUCAGCUGGACUUUUUCCCAGCGACACAGAGGAAGCAAGAAGCCGGUGGGAGGGAGGGGGACGCAGGCAGAGAGCCGCCAGAGAGAACCGAGCACAUCCAGCCGCACGCAGCAGGAGGGCACGGGGUGGCCGCACCAUGUCCUUGAGCCCAAAGCACUCAACUCCCUUCUCAGUCACAGACAUCUUGAGCCCGAUGGAGGACAGCUACCGCAGGUUCGGAGUGAUGGACCCCGCAGCGGGGAGCCUCGGAUCCCCGCUGGGAGCCUACCGGCAGCCGCAGGUCUCGCAGCCCGGUAUGCAGCAUCAGCAGCAGGCGCACCAUCAGCAGCAGCCGCCUCACCUCCACCACCAUCACCAUCAUCACCACCACCACCACCUGUCCUCGUCCUCUUCUUCAUCCUCCUCCUCCUCUUCAUCAGGCUCGGCCAGCGCAGCAGCAGCAGCCGCUCUGGCUCCCGGCGGGCCCUACCACAUGCCCCACGGGGUACCGCAGUUCUCCGGAGCCGUCGGAGGGUUCUGCAACGGCGGCAUCGGGAACGUCGGAGACCUGCCGUCCUACCAGGAGACGGUGAGAGGCGGAGGGGCGGCAGCGGCGGCGUGGUACAGCAACCCGGAGCCCCGAUACCCGACAAUUUCCAGAUUCAUGGGCCCCUCCGCGGGGAUGAACAUGCCCGGGAUGGUGGGCAGUAUGGCCGGGAUGGACUCCACCGCCAAGUCUAUGGUGACGCUGCACGCGGCACCGCGCAGGAAGCGACGCGUGCUCUUCUCGCAGGCGCAGGUGUACGAGCUGGAGCGGCGCUUUAAGCAGCAGAAGUACCUGUCCGCCCCGGAGAGAGAGCAUCUGGCCGGACUCAUCCACCUCACCCCGAACCAGGUGAAGAUCUGGUUCCAGAACCACCGCUAUAAGCUGAAGCGGCAGGCCAAGGACAAGGCCGCGCAACAGCUCCAGCAGGAAGGCGGCGGAGGAGGCGGCGGCGGCGGCUUGUGCGGAGCAACACGCAGGGCUUCGUCUGUGUCCCCGGUCCUCUCCAAGAACUCUAAGGGCUGCCGGACCGACUCGAGUGGGUCGAACCACAGCGGGAACAGGCAGAGCAGCGUGGGGGAUGCCAUGGCGGAGAGCGCGCAGCAGCCGCAGGUGAACCAGCUGUCCUCCACCGAGGAGCUGGAGGAUUUGUCCCCCAGCCCGCCGCUGGGACUGCACGGGCAGAUCAACAUGACGCAGACGGACGCGGCGCUUAUUGAGUACACCAACAGCAUGAUCGGCUCCAACUUACUGUACGGCAGAACUUGGUAGUGAUGCCGAGAGGAGGGCAUCAUUCCGAGUGGAGUUUUCUGCAGGCACGCGCCAAUCUUUUUGUUUUCCUUCCGUGCGUAAAGGUUCGGCUCCUUCUGCACACGCAGUGACUCAAAGGCUGCUUUGAGCAAUAAAAAGUGCACAACUCAAACUGUAAAUUCGAGCCUCGGGCUCGCGCUGACUCUUGAUGAUGGCGCGUUUUCUUCUCCCGUUUCUAAACGAAACAUUUAAGUCUUUUCUCUCUCUUUUUUGUAUUUGCCAGACGUGACUGAGACUGAACGCAGAGAAACUUUAAUUUAAGGAGCUUCAGGAUGAGGCACAGCUUCCGGCGCCUCUCACAUGUUUUUUUUUUUUCAUUUCCAGAACAAAUUAAAUUAUUGCAGGUUCAACAAAGUGGAGCAAUAGAAGCAGCUCAUAAAGACAAAUACCGAACUGAGGCACGUCAUCA